UCAACAAACGUCUGUGGUCUGUGCUGCUUUGAUUAAGCUCAACUCGAAAAUUUAUAAAUACAUUAAUAAAUACGUAUUAAAUUAAUAUAAAUAUAAACAACAAAGAAAAAAAAAAGUUUUGUACAAUUAUUUGUUAAUUUUUCUAGUAAUUAAUUACGUAAUUAAAUUAAGAGUAUAAGUAAGUUAAGAUGAUAAAUUACUUGUUAUUCUGUGCAAUAUCAGCAUUAGUUUUAUCAUUUGAAUUGAGCCACGUAACCGGCACCACCAAAGUAACACGUAUACGAGGUAUCCCACAAUCAAAAAGUCCACUUUAUAAUCCGAAAAAAGACUUUAGUUGUUUAGAUGGCAGCCGUAUAAUAACAUUUGACAAGGUUAACGACGACUACUGUGACUGCGGAGAUGGGAGCGAUGAACCCGGCACCGCUGCUUGCUCCAAUGGUUACUUUUUCUGUGAUAACGCCGGCCAUACACCUCAAUACAUCACGGCCAGCCGAGUGAAUGACGGAAUAUGUGACUGCUGCGAUGCCAGUGAUGAGUACGCGUCCCCAGCUUCCUGCGUUGACAACUGCAUGGAGCUCGGCCGUGAAGCCAGAGCCGAAGCUGAGAAAGCUGCUGAGCUGGUGAGAGAGGGCAGCAAGAUCAGGCUCCAGCUGAUUGAAGAAGGACGUAAGUUGAAGAGCGAAAUUGGGGACCGGCUGGCCAAAUUGAAGAAUAACUUCUUGGAGGCUGAUCUUAUCAAAAAGGAAAAAGAGGUCAUCAAGAACCAGGCUGUCGAGAGAGAGUCUGCUGCUUUGGAGAAGUACAAACCUGCUGAGCCCGAGCCUACUCCAGCAGACCAGCAGUCCCAAGACCAACAAGAGGAUGUUAAACUCAGAGAAGCUCAAGAAUACUUCAAGAUGCUUGAUUCUGAUGAAAGUCGCAGUGUUACGUUGGACGAAUUGCAGUCCAGGGCUAUUUUUGAUCGGGAUCUUAAUGGAGUUGUCACUGAGGAAGAGGCCAUGUUCUUCUUGGGGCAGGAUGAGGUUAAUAUUGAUGAGUUUGUCGAGAAAUCUUGGGACAAUAUCAAACCAGUGCUGAUGAAGGAACAAGGAUUGUUCAGAGGUCCAGGUGACCAGGUCGAAUAUGAAAUGCACGAGGAGCAUGUCCAAGAUGAGCAUGACUCUGAGGAAGAAGACGAUGAGGACGAACACGAUCCCGAGGCGCCUGAAGACAUUGACCACGAUGAAGAAAUCGAGAAACAAGGCGAGGUAGAGCAAAUAACCCAGCAACCUCCGGUUCAGUAUGACGAAGAGACUCAGGCGCUGAUUGACGAAGCGAAUGCUGCCCGGGAGCAGUACCAGCAGGCCGAAAAAGCUGCCCUGGAUCUUCAGAACGAAAUGAGGUCGCUGGAAGCUAAAGUAGAGCGCGACUAUGGCCCUGAUGUUGUUUUGGCUUCGCUGGACGGUGAGUGCUAUCAGUACACUGACUUGGAGUACGUCUAUUCGAUGUGUCUCUUCGGACGAGCUACUCAGAGCGCCAAAUCAGGCGGUAGCGAAGUCAGUUUAGGUCACUGGAACGACUGGGCCGGUCCUCAACACAACAAAUAUUCAAAGGCCAAAUUUGACAGAGGUCUCACCUGCUGGAAUGGACCAGCGAGGUCCACGAUGCUCGAGCUGCGCUGUGGUACUGAAAAUAAAUUAAUUUCGGUGUCAGAACCAAGUCGCUGUGAGUAUGCUAUGGUAUUUACCACACCGGCGCUUUGUAAUCCAGAUGUUGAUAACUCAAGUGUACACGAUGAGUUGUAGAAAUAUUUAUUGACAACCACUAACUGAUAAGAAAUCAAUAACAUGUUUUAUAGAGUUUUAAAAUGUUGAUGUGGACACUUCACCAUGGUUUUACAUGUUCACAAUAAUAAUUAUCAUUGUCAAGGUGGAUAUCAUCAAAAUUAUUCAAUUAAAUAAUUUAAUUUUUUGCCUUUUUCAUUAUUAAUAAUUUUUUAAUUGACGCGACCAUAAUUUUGAAACCAAUAAAUACUUUGUAAUGCCAGUAAUUAUUAGAGAAUUUUUUAGCAAGUGCCUAGUCAACGAUAAAUGCAUUUACUUCGCAAUAAUUAAAGAGAGUUAAAUAAAGUAAAUGAUUGAUAAGAUUAUUAAAAAAAUAAAAGUUAUUUCAAUGGAAGAUAAUUCGUUAUGAAUUUUUUUGUAAAAUAUUGGUUCAGUGGUCGUCUUCAGAAGUUGAUGCCAGAUUAUUAAAUUUUAGGAUACAAUAAUUAUACAUAUUGAUUAAACAAAAAAAAAAAAAAAAUACAAAUGGGUACUGAAGCCAUGGCACAAUUUUUUCACUUUGAAAACAUAUUUAGUAAAUAGUUGUUACUGUCUUUUAAAAAAUAAUUGGAUCACUGUUACAUUCCUCUUUUUUACACCGGAUUAUUUAUAGAUGUAUCAAAGUAAAGCAAAAGAAGAUAAUGAAGUAAUUAAUAGUAAUAAAUGAGUAAAGUAAGUAAUAAGUACGGGUCCUGUGAUAAUGCACUUAUUUUCGCUGUAAAAAAUUGUGCAAGCGGUGAUCCAGUUUUUUUGUGGAAAAAAAUAAAAAAAAAUAAAAAAAAAAAAAAACAUCUCGUUACUGUUUUUUCAA